UUGCAACAUCUCGAGGUUUUUUUGUUUUUUGUGGUUUUUUUGUUUGUUUGUUUUUACAUCCCUAGUUUUAAUAUGGCAGGCAAUGCUACACAUCAUAUUGNAUCUUUCUUCCUGGUUGGUAUUCCUGGGUUGGAAAACUUUCACUGCUGGAUUGGCAUCCCUGUCUGUCUUCUCUUUGCACUGACCCUGCUGGGGAACAGCAUAAUCCUUACUACUGUCAAGCUGGAGCCAAGUCUCUACCAGCCUAUGUAUUUCUUCCUUUGCAUGCUGGCAAUGAAUGACAUGUGUCUUACCUGUUCUACAACUCUGAAGAUGCUUGGCAUCUUCUGGUUUGAUGAACAUUGGAUCAACUUUGAUGCCUGUCUAACACAAAUGUUUUUUAUACAUACACUGUGCAUCAUGGAGUCAGCCAUCCUAGUAGCCAUGGCAUUUGAUCGCUUUGUGGCCAUUUGCAUCCCACUGNACUAUACAUCAAUCCUGACNACNCCNAUGGUGAUUAAAAUAGGUCUAGUUGGCCUAAGCCGAGCUAUACUUAUGAUUAUGCCAUGUCCGCUUCUCAUUAAAAGGCUGUUGUACUACACCAAAUAUGUCAUCCAUCAUGCGUACUGUGAGCACAUGGCUGUGGUGAAGAUGGCUACUGGUAACACUCAGGUGAACAGAAUAUAUGGAAUCUUGGUGGCCCUUUCAGUGACAAUAUUUGACCUUGGNCUCAUAGUCACAUCCUACAUAAAAAUUCUCCAGGCAGUAUUUCGGCUCUCUUCUCAGAAUGCCCGCUCUAAAGCCUUGGACACCUGUGUUGCCCAUGUGUGCACCAUUCUUGCCUUCUAUACACCUGCAUUGUUCAGUUUCCUAACUCAUCGUUUUGGCAAGAAUGUGCCUGCAAAUAUCCACAUAAUCUUUGCAAUCCUUUACCUGUUAGUGUCCCCCACUGUCAAUCCCUUGGUGUAUGAUGCUAAGACCAAACAGAUUCGUGGUAAGUCUUCUUUUUUCUCAAGAACAAAAAAUUUGAGUACUAAAACAAAUUGAUAAAAUUUUUGUUGGAGGAAUGCUGUUUUAAUGUAGUAGUGUAAUAGCCCUAUUUGCCACUUUUCCCUCA